AUGGAACGUGGGAAACUCUCGGCUCCCCCGUCAGACACAGGCAGCACUCCGGAAAACCAUGAAGGAACCCAUGAAUGCUCAGAGUGUGGGAAGUCCUUUGCUCGCAGAUCCCUCCUCUUGACCCACAGGAAGGUCCAUGUGGGAAGUGGAUCCAGUGAACGUUUGGAGGGUGAGAAAUCCUUCUCUGGAAAACCCCCCAAAGAUCUUAGAAGCCCCCCCAGACUAAAACCCUAUAAAUGUGAUGAAUGUGACUUAUGUUUUCAUCGAAAGUCACACCUUCGUACACAUCAGAAAAUCCACACUGGAGAGAAACCUUAUCAGUGUCUGGAAUGUGGCAAAUUCUUCCGUGAAAAAGCCACCCUCAGAGACCACGAGAGAAUUCACACAGGGGAGAAACCUUACAAGUGCUGGGAAUGUGGGAAGAGCUUUUCUCAGAAAUCAAAUCUUUGGUUCCAUGAGAAGAUUCAUGCAGGAAUAACAUCUUACAAAUGCUUUGAGUGUGGGAAAUGUUUCACCCUGAGUAAAUAUCUUCACAAUCAUGAGAAAACACACAGUGGGCAGAAAAACGAAAAGUGCCUCGAAUGUGGGAAAUGUUUUUACUGGAAAUCAUACCUGGUGAAACAUCAGAGAAUUCACACCGGAGAAAAACCCUAUGAAUGCCCAGAAUGUGAGAGACGAUUUGUUAAUUCUUCUGUACUUCGGAGACACCAGAAGAGGCACAAAGGGGAGCUACCCUAUCAAUGUGGGGAGUGUGGGAAAAGUUUUCUUACACAAAGUGAGGUUCAGAUUCAUGAAAGAAUCCACACAGGGGAGAAGCCAUAUAAAUGUGGGGAGUGUGGGAAAUGCUUUUCCCAAAAACACCACCUUGAAAGCCAUCAGAGGGUCCACACUGGAGAGAAGCCGUACAAAUGCAUACAAUGUGGGAAAUCUUUUGCUCGAAAAGGAUAUCUUUGGACACAUCAUAAAAUGCAUAGUGGGGAGAAGUCAUAUCAAUGCAACGAAUGUGGAAAAUUUUAUAUUACCACAUCAUCCCUUAGAGAGCAUAUAAAAGUUCACACAGGCGAAAAAAAUUACAAAUGUUUAGACUGUGGGAGAGCAUUUGCUUGGGCAACUCUGCUCAGAAACCACAGCCGAAUCCAUACAGGAGAAAAGCCCCAUAAAUGCUCGGAGUGCGAUAAAUGUUUUUCUCGAAGAAGUACUCUUUUGAAGCAUCAACAAAUCCACACUGGAGAAAAAAACAAAUGUUUAGAGAGUGGAGAAUGUUUUGCCCAACCUUCAGCACUUCACACCCAAAAUCACGCAGGAGGGUGGCCUUAAAAGUGUGCAGAGCGUGAGAAAACUUUUCAUUUUAGAUCACAGCUAAAAAUGCGUCAGAAAGUCCAUAGCAGAGAUAAAUCUUUUCAGUUGUGAACAAUGCGGGGAAUUAUUUUUUUUCAAAAGUCACACCUUACUAUAUGUCGGGAAUUUUACACAGUGACAGAAGAGAAAUCCUACAAUUGUUUGAUGUGGGGAAAAUAUUUUUCCUAGUCAUAACCUUAAAUAUCAUCUGACAGUACAUAAUCAAGCCAAAGUGUCAGAACCCAGUUGUUAGCAGGGGUGUGUGAUUGCUUUCUUAUUUCGGGUUCUGCCAUAACCCU